AUGUCGGAAGGCGGUGGCGUGUCCCGCUGCUGCUGCAGCUUCAUCAUCACCUCCGGUUUCACUGCCCUCUUCAUGUGGCUGAGCCUGCGCACCCAUCGCCCCACCUGCUCCCUCCAACGCUUUUAUGUCCCCGCCCUCAACACUUCCCUAAACUCCACUACAAACCACACCAUUCUCUUCGAUCUCAAGCUCGAUAACAACAACAACGACAAGGGCGUCCAUUACGACACCAUCAACCUCACCUUCUUCUACACGGCCACAAAUGGGUCCAACCUCCGGAUCGCCAAUGGGUCAGUGCCUGGAUUCUACCAGGGCCACGGGAAGAAGGCUCGCCGGAAAAACCAAGCUGUGGUGGCCCAAGGGGCGCCGUGGGUGGUCACGAACGGGUCGAGGGUGGGGUUCAAGGUGGGGUUGGCAACGAGGGUGAGGUACAAGAUCUUGUUUUGGAACACAAAGAGGGAGGGAGUGGUGGUUAGCGGCAACGUGGAGGUGGAUGGUUCCGGUGGGAAGGUGGGGAAGAAGGCAGUCAAGCUCAAGUCGUUGUCGCCGGAAUUGGGGGUACUUUGGAGGGUGGGAUUUGUGGGGGGUUUCGCUUACUUGGUCAUUUUAUUAUUGUGA